CAGGACGGCCACUGUUACUUAAAUCAGGUAAUAAACAUUGCAGUAACUCUUUGCAAAUUUUGAAAAUUCAGUACUGUACGCUUUACCUAUGUAAACAGUAUCUCUUUAACUCAAUGAUUCAAAAAAUCUUGAACAUGAUGACUUGACUAUCGCUAUCUACAUGUGAUUAUCUGAAGAAAAAAAUUCUGCAUGCUUAAUGGCCUCAGAUAUACAAUUUUAUUUUCUGCUCUAUCAAAACAUUUUUUGGCCUCAAACCUGUAUACUCAUUAAUGCUAAAUUUUUAUGCUUAUGUGAAAUGAUGGACCCCCGUACCAGUGCCCAGGACGUGAUGCGAUGUGACCUGUGUGAGACCUCUGUGGUACAGAUGCACUGUGAUACAUGUCUUGUCAACCUGUGUACAGUCUGUGUAGGAAAACAUAUGAUAUCUGAUGAAUCCAAAAAACAUGAAGUUGUCCCUUUCAAGCUGAGAAAAUCCACCCCCCUCUACCCUAUAUGUACAUCUCAUAACAAAGAACAAUGCAUUAUGUACUGUAAACAAUGUGACAUUCCUGUCUGCAGCGACUGCAUUGAAUCUAAUCAACAUUUAUGUCAUGAAUUAUCUAAAAUUCUGCGAGUUCUGAAUGAAAAGAAGGAUAUUAUUAUUAAAGAGAGGAAUGAAUUAAAUGGUACAAUAUAUCCCACCUACCAGGACAUUGCCUCUGAUGUACAAAACAGAAUGAGUCAGUUAGAAAUGGAAUAUGGAGAUCUCUCAACAGCCAUAACAAAACAUGGAGAAGACUGGCACAGAGAAAUUGACAAACUUGUCAAGAAACUUAAAGCUGAAGUUGAUGAGAUGAAAAACACACAGUUACAAACUCUACAAAAACAUCUGGAUGAAAUAAACAAGACAAUGUCUGACAUCAAGGAUGAAAUUCAUUCACUUGAAAUAGCAAUAGACACUAAUGACUUGUCAAAACUAUUUAGUGUCACACCCAAUGUACAAAUAUACAGAAAUCUUCCGCACAAAAUUACACUGUCUUUACCCGAAUUCAUACCAGGAAAAAUCCAUGAGGAACUUUGUAAACUGUUUGGCACCUUAUCACCAAGUUCUUUUACUUCAGAUAAAAAUGGCUACAGCAUGAAGACAACACAGAAAUCACCAGAAGCUGGAUCCUCUCCUCCAGUAAAACAGCUGCUUGAUGAACCAAAGACUGUCACCACCAUAGACACUGGGUAUAGAGAACUUUACCGUGUGUCCUGUCUGAGUGAUGAUGAAAUCUGGACAAGAGGAAAUGACAGCACCAUGAAACUCUUCAGCAUCAAUCAGGGAUCACUACUCAAGUCAAUCACAACCAGGUCAGGGAACAUACCAUAUAACAUAGCAGUGACAAAAAGUGGAGAUCUAGUUUAUACUGAUUACAGUGAUAGAACUGUGAACAUUGUGAAGAAUGAGAAGAUAGAGGAGGUGAUCAGACUACAGAACUGGGAACCUCGCGGUGUCUGUAGUAUCUCCUCUGGUGACCUCCUGGUUAUCAUGGUCAGUGAUGAUUACAAACAAACAAAAGUUGUCCGUUACUCUGGCUCCACAGAGAAACAAACCAUUCAGUUUGAUGAUAAAGGUAAACCUCUCUAUUCAUCUGGUCUUUAUUACACAUACUACAUUACUGAGAACAGGAACCUGGAUAUCUGUGUGUCUGACAGUGAAGCUAAUGCAGUAGUGGUGGUCAAUCAGGCCGGGAAACUGAGAUUCAGGUACACUGGACAUACUCCUGCUCCAAAGAACCAACUAUUCUAUCCACAAGGAAUCACCACAGACAGUCAGAGUCACAUCCUUACGGCUGAUCAUAACAAUGACUGUGUCCACAUCAUAGACCAGGAUGGACAGUUCCUCCAUUACAUAGACUGUGGACUGAGUCAACCCUAUGGACUGUGUACAGAUACAAAUGACAAUCUGUUUGUUGCUCAGUGUGGAAACAGACAGAUGAAGAAAAUCAAAUAUCUCCAGUGAA